AUGGCUCGUCGAGCGGCCUGCUGGACAGACGAACAGCUACGCUUGCUGCUGAUCGUCGUCACCGAGCUCACCGAAGAGACCGGCACGACGAUCCUCAGCAGAAACCUAGUGACGACGGCCGAACAGAGACUGUCGAGCAAGCCCCAGUAUGCGCACUUUGAAUGGAAAGCCGACAAGCUCCGCAAAAAGCUCAAUAGCCACCUCAAACCCGUCUGGCAUUUCGUACAGGCCGUUCGUCACUACUGCCCCUACGACGUCGACAGAGGCGCACCAUCGAGAGAACACUACCAGCAAGCUAUGAAGCAAGUAGCCGUGCUCAGAAAACAUGCGCAUGCGGUCGAAGAGAACGGACUGAACUCUACUUUCAGACAUAUCUGGACAGAGCUAGAUCGCUUCAUGCAAGUGCAAGCUCGACUCGACGCGAGGGCGACAGAUCAACGCCAUCAGGCGCAUGACGUAGCUGAAGAGGUCGCCGAUCAGCAGGAGGAGGAUGCGGCGUCGGGUCACCAUCACGAGUCUUUGCAGUCCGGAGCGGUGCAAGCGGCAGGCUCGAUCAGCAGCGACGAGUCUGAACGAUACAUUGCCAGGCCGACCAAGCGCCCGAGAACCUCGCACAUGUCAGCAGUAUCUGUUUGCCGCAAUGUGGCAGCACAGCCGUCCGAGUCAAACGUUAUCGAACGCAUCGAUCCUGCAAUCGAAAUCUACAGCGCACUGGGUAUACCCCACACGCCAUCGUUCGAGCAGUCAAGAGUUCCUUCAAACGUCGAUGCACUGGCACUGUUUGGCGCUAUCACGAAUCAUCUCAGAUCGAUCAAUGCUUUGCAGACCUUCCUGACACACGAGCGCCUAGGCAAGCUGCACGCAAUCGCAAAGGAUCGACCUGAUCUCGCGAAUGCAAUGGUACCUUUUCUCGAUCUCGACAAUCCAGACAACAUCAUGAUCUGCCUACGACUGACGAUGGCCUCAUCGUUUGCUGCUUUCCAAGCAGACGCUGCCAAAGCCCAAGCGAGGCUAGGCUUGGAGCACCACGCUGCACCCGCAACCGAGAGAUUAGCGCACAAGCUCGGCAGCUCGUCACUAUCAUCGACAGCCAGUACCAGCCUAACAGCGCCGCAACUAGCGCCAAAGCUUGCCGAGAUCGAGGAUGAGCUCGAGCGCAAGACGAUCCGAGACCACUUUGCGUCUGCAUCGACAUCCGAGACUGCUUUUGGCCAUGUGCUCGCUUCACUGCUCGCCCGACGACUUGACGUGACGAGACAAGAUGUGGUACUCUGUAUAGGCACUCACAACAUCGAUGAGAAGGAUCCCGCUGCACUGCUUGAUUCGGGCUACGAUGUUCCUGCAGAGUCGGCACAACCGUUGACCUUACCCGAGACUGAGCACAUCCUGGCGAUAUUACAAGCUGUAGCGAACGAGAUCAGAGCACAAGCAUCGCUCGUCUACAGCCCGCUCAUACUACCCAGAGAGAAGCCAAAGACAACUGCAGCUGAUCUCACUGUCAAUGACGACCAAACGAGAGUGCGGUGGCAAACGAACGAUCUCAGGAUCCUCGUCAGGCGGAUACCGGACAGCGCAGAGGAUCUGACGGAGCUACGUGUUGCACAAUGCGGUAAUGUCGAUGCAGGCAAGUCAACACUGCUCGGCGUGCUCACCAAAGGCAUCAACGAUGACGGACGAGGGCGAGCCCGAAUAUCUUUGUUCAGACAUAAGCACGAGAUCGAGACAGGUCGCACGAGCAGCGUCGGUAUGGAGAUUAUGGGCUUUGAUGCAGGUGGUCAGCAAGUCCUGCCGUCGUCCACACUGGCUGCAUUGCGCGAGAUGGGCAUCAACACGAUGACACGAGAGGGCGAUUUCCAAACUAUCGCCCUCAAACGGAAUAACAUGACUUGGGACGAAGUGUGCAAGAAAGCUGCGAAAAUCGUAUCGUUCACGGAUCUGGCUGGCCACGAGAGAUAUCUCAAAACGACCAUCUUCGGCCUGACAGGUUGCGCUCCGAGCUUUGUCGUUCUCAUCGUAGGCGCAAAUGCCGGUCUGAUAGGAAUGAGCAAAGAACAUCUGUCUGUCGCUCUCGCACUCUCGAUCCCCGUCAUCUGCGUCGUCACCAAAAUCGACAUGACACCCCGGAACGUCCUCGAGACGACACUCAAACAACUUUGCAAGAUCUUGCGCAGUCCUGGAUGUCGGCGAACACCGGUCUUUGUGCACGAUGACGGGAUGUCGGCCAGCCUAGCCGCCGGCUUCGUCAAAGAAAAAGCUUGUCCCAUCUUCAUGGUGUCUAACGUCACUGGAGAGGGUCUACCACAUCUCAAAACGUUCUUCAACUUGCUCAACGCAUCCGAUCAAGACAAGUACGCUUCCAACGAGCCAUUGGAGUUCUCUAUAUCCGACGUCUUCUCAGUUCCUUUCGUAGGAUCAGUCGUUUCCGGUGUCGUCGCUUCGGGCACAGUCAAAGUUGGCGAUAACGUCAUGCUCGGACCCGAUUCUCUCGGUCAGUUCCUUGCGACGACAAUCAAGAGCAUACAGCGCAAAAGGGUCAACGUCAAUGCUGCCGAAGCCGGUCAGAGUGUCUCCUUUGCGCUAAAGAGGAUACGGAGGAAUAUGAUCAGGAAAGGCAUGGUCUUGGUUGCAAAGACGGACGUGCCACCACGAUCUUCCUUCCGCUUCGAGGCAGUCUGCCUCAUCUUGUACCAUCAGACGACGAUCAAAGUCAAUUACCAAGCUAUGAUCCAUUGCGGCACGGUGAGACAGACAGUUCGCAUUGUCGAUAUCCUCGACGAUCGCAAGGUUCUGCGAACAGGAGAUCGAGCGAGCGUCAUCUUCGAAUUCAUUCGCAUGCCAGAAUACGUCAAAGAAGGCUCGAAGUUGCUCUUCCGCGAGGGAAGGACAAAAGGCGUUGCUUUCAUCACUCGAUUAUUGUGA